AUGGGAGAACUCUUGGCAUUUUCUCAGUCGAGUCUGCUGUUAUCACCGCGGUCUCCGCUCUGCUUUUCAAGGCAGCAUCAUCUUCUCACAGGUUGCAGCCUAUCAUCACUCUCAAUAAUUCCACCCGUCACUUACCUGUCAAAAAGGCUUACCACAUUUCCAACUUCUCGUGGUGGGCAAAACCAAUGUUCUUGGAAGACAGUUGCUGGCGUCAUCUCAGACUCUAAGGUACCCACUACCUUUACAGUUGAUUCGGCUGGGGAAGGCAUUGAUAUUCUACCAGACUCUGGUGGUUCUGACGACAACAUUGGUGGAGGUGGUGGCAACGGUGGUGGUGGUGGAGGUGGAGGUGGUGACAAUGGCAAUAAUGGAGAUGGGGGAAAUGAAGAUCAGAGCCAUGAGAAAAAGGGAGGCAUGUCAAUGUCCCAGAAACUCACACUAGGCUACGCUGCCUUAGUUGGAAUCGGAGGAGCAAUGGGCUAUCUCAAGGGCGGAAGCCAAAAGUCACUGAUCGCGGGUGGAGUGUCAGCAUCAUUGCUGCUUUACGUCUACACCGCGCUUCCUUCAAACCCGGUUCUGGCAUCUUCAGUUGGCCUUCUUCUCUCUGCCUCUCUUCUUGGAGUGAUGGGAUCACGUUUUAUGAGGUCAAGGAAGAUUUUUCCAACUGGUGUCGUCUCCUUCGUUUCGCUGGUCAUGAGCGGGGGCUACUUGCACGGUAUUCUUCGUAGUCUACACUGAUCGUGUCCAAGAGCACGACGUCGUCCCUGAUUUUCAGGUACCUUUUUCACCGGCCUUUCGACUCAAAUGCAGAAGUGAGGAUUCUGUGUUCUUGGAUCCCCAGCUAUGGAACUCUACCUUUUUUUGUUAUGUAAAACUCGUGUCUGAAUAAGAGUUUAGCUGUAUGUCUUUUGUUUGGCUCCAAAUGUAAGUCUCUGAAUCAUAUCUUCUUUUCAAUUUUAUCAUAUAAGAGACUACUUCCA